UUGUGAGGUGCUCGGUUGACUGCGAAAACAUGAUCAUUUUUUUCUCUCUUGCACAGCAAGUCCUGUGAUUGAGAGACUAUCCCAGAAUGCCAGAGACGUCUAAUGAAACAGAGGCGCAUCACGAUCAACAACCACCAGAGACAGAGACUGCGAAUUCGAGUCCGAAAGACCUUUCCCUCCGCGGCCCUGGGAGGGUCUACCCUCUGCGAUCGAUUAUCGCCCCGACACAUCCUUUAGCCCUCCCCUAUCGACCGGCGUCGCCCACCAGUUCACCACAUGUUCACAGCCUGUGCAACGAAAACCUUGAGUUGGGUGCGGAGGAGGACGAGAACUUGGAUUUGGCUCGGAUUAGUCAGUCGACCACCCCGCCGCCUCCCGAGCAGCGCAUCUCGUCAUGUGACUCCCCCAAGCACCACCACCACCACCAGCUCGACUCUCCUGCCGGGCCGGGGUCGAUAACACCGAAGUCCGUCGAUCAUGUCUCGGCGUCGGAAGGAAGAGAGGCUCUCAGCCUGGAGAAUCUUGGCGCACUCACACCUUCCUCCACACGGCGACACUACGAUGCUGCAGACUCCGAUGAGGACAGCCUUGCGACCGUCAGUACCAGCAAGACCACCAUCCACGUGUGUGAAGAUGAACCAAUCCAUAGACCCGGCGCAGUGCAAUGUUUCGGUGCGUUGGUGGUGUUGGAGGAGUUGUCCGAGGGGUUGCUCACGGUACAGAUAGCCAGUGAGAAUUCAGAGGCCAUCAUCGGCCACUCGCCCCAGAAUCUAUUCACCCUGAACAGUUUCUCCGACCUGCUGCGCAACGAUCAGGAUGGCAUACUGAGGGAUCAUGUGCAGCUGACCGAGGAAGAUCAGUGGAGCCCGUCAGCGGACGGGCCGGAAAUCUUCAAACUAUCCAUCAACGACCGACACGGCCAUCCGCAGCGAUUCUGGUCCGCCGUCCAUCGCAAUCCCGCGCACUGGCAUCUGAUCAUCUGCGAGUUCGAGAGCGAGAUCGACCGCUUGAACCCGGUCAACACCGCCGGACAGACCCUCCCGGCGAAGCCGACGGACGUCUUAGGAUAUGACCCGACCCCCGACCAGAUCGCCAGCAGCACCGUGAAGAGAAGCCAGCCCUUGCGAUUGCUACGGAAUAGACGAAGGAAGCCCGGCGAGAUGGCCUCGAUGGAAGUGCUCAACAUUAUCAGUAAGGUUCAAGAUCAACUGGGCAGGACGCAUGACCCAGACACGCUUUUGAACGUCUCCAUUGGGCUGAUCAAAGAGCUGACCGGGUAUCAUCGUGUCAUGAUUUACCAGUUCGACAAUGAGAAGAAUGGAAACGUUGUUGCGGAGCUUGCCGACCCGCGAUUUACCAAGGACAUCUUUAAAGGGCUUUCAUUCCCCGCUGCUGAUAUCCCCCGACAGGCUCGUGAGCUUUAUACACGGAGCAAAGUCCGAUUACUGUAUAACCGCGAUCACAUCAACUCCCCAUUAGUAUCCCGGGACUUCGAGCAUGCCACAGUUCCGUUGGACAUGUCUUAUGCCUUUCUACGCGCAAUGUCGCCGUACCAUCUCAAAUACCUGGCUCGAAUGUGUGUCCGCUCUUCGAUGUCGAUCAGUAUCAGCGAUCAGGAGGAUCUAUGGGGGUUGAUCAUAUGUCAUUCAUAUGGGGACCACGGCAUGAGAGUACCGUUCCCGGUCAUUCGACUUACCCGAUUAAUUGGCGAUUCGGUGUAUCAGAAUAUCAGGCGGCUUUCCUGUAUGUCGCACCUGGAAUCCAGCAACCCGGUAAGCCAGGCGGCUGCUUCCGAGAUCCUGAACCAGGAAAGCCACACAUCGGAGGCGUUGCUCAACCUCUUUGACGCAGACUUCGCGGCUCUUUCCAUCCGGGGAAGAACGAGUAUACUCGGCGAGUCGACGGAUUUUCAAGAGAUCCUAGCUGUGGUCGAAUACUUUCGAUCCAAGAAGCUAGGCUCUGUUGUGGCGUCUAAUAAUAUCGGGCGAGAUUUUCCGGACCUUCAUUUCCCCCCAGGUAUCCAUUCGGUAUCAGGUGUGAUGUACGCGCCACUCUCGUUGCACAAGGAAAAUUUUAUCGUCUUUUUCCGCCGUGUGCAAAUGAGAGAUAUUCGGUGGGGUGGGAAUCCGUAUGAUAAGGUACCCUUAGAGCCCCGACAAGACUUUCGGGUGUGGCGAGAGACCGUCGUGGACCGGUCUCGCGAAUGGACUACAUUGCAGACCGAUAAUGCAGCUGUUUUGGGCAUGGUGGGCUCGCAAGUCUCGAGCAACUGGAAAAAGGAGACCGAAACGCCAUCGUCAUCUGAUCGACAUCUGAAGUCAGGCGACGAUAUUCGCAAUACUCUGAACACGAUCAUGAAGAACCUUGGGGUGGUUCUAGGGGACUCCUUUGAUCUGGAAUUUCAAGACAGCAUCAGCCGAUCGUACUCCGCCUCCAAAUCUCUCCUCUAUGUUAUCAACGACCUCCUCGACCUUACUAAGAAGGAACAAGGGUACAACCUUAUCAAGGAUGAACUGUUUGAUAUUUCCUCUUGCUUCCAGGGAGCGACCAAGAUGUUCGAGGCCGAGGCACAGCGCAAAGGGCUGUCCUACAAGAUCGUCCACCAGCCUGGGAUGCCCAAGGGUGUCCUUGGCGAUGAGCGGCGCGUGCGCCAGGUGAUUUCGAACCUCAUCUCCAACGCCAUGCAACACACCUCCGAGGGGGGGAUUACCGUCGAGAUGUGGCAGGACGCGGUCAGUCCCGCACCCGGGCGGGUCAUCAUCAACAUCACCGUUGUUGACACAGGGUGUGGUAUGUCCUCCGAGAAGUUGGAUACCAUCUUCUGCGAGUUGGAGGAGAUCUCAUGGGAGAGGAAGGGCAAGACCGACGGCCUUGCCGCCACCGAAUCGAAUCCCCAGAAACCACAUGUUCUCGGCGUGGGGCUCGCCUUGGUUUCUCGGAUUGUGCGCAAUUGCCACGGGCAACUGGUGGUUCAUUCCGAAGAAGGGAAAGGUAGUCGAUUCGCAAUAUCCCUGCAGUUUGAUACCGGGUAGUAUACGCACCCGGCACGACCUCCACGAUCACCCGGUCUCUUCGGGCGCGACGAGCUUUUUGUCUCCGUGUUUUGAAUGGCUAGCGCACAUGAAUUAGCCCUCGGAUUCUUUUCUUUUUUCUUCCUUCCACGCAGGGGGUAAGGCAGCCUCGAAGAUCAUUUAGAUCCGAUCUUUCCAGGAUUACUUGCCCUGCUGCUCUGUAUAUAUAUACAUCCUUUCUUUGGGGGUUUCUUUUGUUGCAUUAUCACGGUUGAUAGCGUUCAAGCCGGCCAUCCCAUUUGGACAUGAUUUUGACUUCGGGAUUAUUUUUUGGGCUCCUGGGAUUUGUGAAGAAUGAAUGACGAUAUUGAUGAUUAAAAUACAUUGAGGGCAGACUAAUUCGUGAUGGAUGACACCAUUUCCAUAGAUUUUGAAG